GUCUUGGCAAAUCAGUGUGCGCGCUGGGCGGGCAUUGUGAAGCUGGAGUUGCUAACUAGAGAAAGAAAGCUAACUAAUCGUGAGAGUGGAAGUGGAGCUAACGUGCAAAAGGAAAAAAACUGUCAAAGCAAGCAAAGAGGGGGAAGCAGAAAAAACCUACUGAAGUCAACACUCCUGUUUUAGCUGACUCCAUGAGACACAGAGUGUGUGGCUAGUUAACCAGAGACCGUGUUUGUCAGAUGCCCGAGGAGCAUUUUGGAUACUACAUCGAUUGUCCCGUUUCCAAACGGAAACCAUUUCUGGACAGACAGUUCGUGCUAGCCAGCAGCAAGCAAGCCAAGCCAAGCCAGCUAGCUAGCUCAAAGUGAAAUCCAGGAGACUCUUGUUUUUUUUUUUUUCUUUUUUCAUUGUCACCUAUAAAAACCCUAAACUGAAUGUUUUGUCUGUCAUGAGUCCGGCCGGGUGCUCCCAUGUGAACGGUUAUAAGGUGGAUAAUUGGAAACAAAACCUUCGAGUCAUAUACCAAUGCUUUGUUUGGAGUGGUACUGCUGAGACGAGGAGACGCAAGGUGCUUCAGAGUGAUGCAGGAUGGACAGAGCUGGCCAAGUCGUGUAUCUGUCACAUGUGUGGCGCCCACCUGAACCGGCUCCACUCCUGUCUCUACUGUGUCUUUUUCGGCUGUUUUUCGAAGAAGCACAUCCACGAGCACGCGAAAAACAAGAGACACAAUCUAGCGAUAGACUUAUUAUACGGUGGAAUAUAUUGUUUUGUGUGUCAAGACUACAUAUACGACAAAGACAUGGAGCAGAUUGCCAAAGAGGAGCAGAGGAAAGCCUGGAAAUUGCAAGGCAUUGGGGAGAAAUACACGACGUGGGAGCCAACCAAGAGGGAGCUAGAAUUAUUACGACACAAUCCAAAGCGGAGGAAAAUCACUACGAACUGUACCAUAGGUUUACGAGGGUUAAUAAACCUGGGCAACACAUGUUUCAUGAACUGUAUUGUUCAGGCCCUAACACACACGCCACUGCUGCGAGAUUUCUUUCUCUCCGACAGACACAAGUGCGAGAUGCAAUCAAACUCCUGUCUGGUGUGUGAGAUGUCGCAGCUCUUUCAGGAGUUCUACUCGGGCCACCGUUCGCCCCACAUUCCCUUUCGGCUGCUGCACCUGGUGUGGACUCAUGCACGUCACCUCGCAGGCUACGAGCAGCAAGACGCCCACGAGUUCCUCAUCGCAGCGUUGGAUGUACUACACAGGCACUGCAAAGGGGACACCAUCAGAGAUGACAAUGGAAAGAAGGCCAACAAUCCAAACCACUGUAACUGCAUCAUUGACCAAAUCUUCACUGGGGGCCUGCAAUCAGAUGUUACCUGUCAAGUUUGCCACGGGGUUUCCACAACGAUAGAUCCAUUCUGGGACAUCAGUCUGGACCUUCCUGGCUCAUCCACGCCUUUCUGGCCUCUCAGCCCUGGAGGGGAUGGCAGCACAGUGAACGGAGAGAGCCACCUGUCAGGGUCCACCACACUCACAGACUGCCUACGCAGGUUCACACGGCCCGAGCAUCUAGGAAGCAGUGCCAAAAUCAAGUGCGGCGGUUGCCAUAGUUACCAGGAGUCCACCAAACAGCUGACAAUGAAGAAGCUCCCCAUCGUAGCGUGUUUCCAUCUCAAACGGUUUGAGCACUCUGCUAAACUGCGGAGGAAGAUCACUACAUAUGUUUCCUUCCCUCUAGAGUUGGACAUGACGCCCUUCAUGGCAUCCAGUAAAGAGAGCAGAAUGAACGGACAGUAUCAACAGACGGUCGAUGUAUUAAACAAUGACAAUAAGUAUUCCUUGUUUGCGGUAGUCAACCACCAAGGCACAUUAGAGAGUGGCCACUACACCAGCUUCAUCCGCCAGCACAAAGACCAGUGGUUCAAAUGUGAUGAUGCCAUAAUCACCAAGGCCAGCAUUAAGGAUGUACUCGAUAGCGAAGGAUAUCUCUUAUUCUACCAUAAACAGUUCCUUGAGUACGAGUAGUCCUUGUGACCACUGACCAUAAAGAACCACUGCUUCUAAUGUGAGAGUCAAGGGACUGGGGACAGGAUGAAAACACAAACACACAAACCUACCUGAAACUCUUUGACUUAUCAGUCUGCUCCUCCGGCUGUGGAGGACAAACAAUAAAAAGACGUGUGAAAUCAUGCAAACUUUCAAAAGAGGAAAAGUUAAAAAAAACAAAAAAACAAACAAAAAAAAACACAAAAAAAACAAGCACUGAGCUACUUCUUGGCAUCUACUUGACAAAACUGAAUGAAGAGGAGAGGAGGAGGAGGAGGAGGAAGAGUCGGGCGUCAUCAGUUCCGGGCUUGGGCAGAGGGAAGAGGCCCCACACCCCCCCCCUCUCUGUCUCUCUCUCUCUUCCUGUCUCUCUCUCUCUCUCUCUGUCACUUCCCCUCUUCCUGCUGCAGGGGCAGAGUCCGAGAGUGACCGACUGUCAUGUUGAUUGGGCACAUCUGGAUUAUUUUUUUUUUCUUACAGUAUUCUGACCCCUUCCCACUUCCCACCCCCCGCCCUGAACACACCCUCCAUUUCUCUCCCAUGGUGCUCUCAUUUCAACUGACCAAGCAUUUAACUUAGUCAUGAUGGAAGACAGGUUUGUCAUAUGCAUAUGGGACUGAAUGCAAAAAAAAAAAAGAGAGAAAGAGAGAGAGAAUAGAAUCAACGUAUUAUGAACUUUGCAAGAAGAUUUUUAAAGAUAUGGUUAUGAUUCUUAUCAUUUGUGACUUUUGUUAUGAAAUACUGUAUGAAUCUAGUAUACAUCUAUUUUUUAAGAGCAAAGAAAACAUGAGAGCUUAGAGACGCUGCCUUUGCCAGUUGCUGGGGAAGUGCUGCCAUGGAAACUAAGCAGAUUUGGACCUGAGUGUGCUCAUGUUCCUUUAUUUACUGUGUUGAUUGUUUUAUUUUUAAGUCUGGUUGAGGGCAGGGAAUAUCUAUUUUUUUUUAGCAACUCAUUGAAUUUUGAGUUUUUGUUUACUGUUCUUUUCAGUGUCUUUUUUUUUUUUUUUUUUUUUUUUUUUUUAAGUUUUCAGUACAGUCAUAUGUCCCUUGCUGUCCUGGUACUGGAAAUGUUUUUGGACGUAUUAUACUUUCAUUCUUGUGGAAUUGUUGGUAUAAUGAUGGUGAUGAUUAAAUUGGCUCACCUUUUGCUGUUUAUGAAUUGUAUGUUGAAUGUGAGCUUUGGGUUUCAUAUGGCAUUCUGAAGAGAAGACUUGAUACAUGAACUCCAGAUGAGGGUCCUAUAAUAUGCGAGAAAGCUGUGGUCUUUCCUCAUUGAACACCUUGAAUGCUCUGUGCACAAAAAAAAGAAAGUUUAAAAAAAAAAAGAAGCCCAUUUAACAACACUGCAUGCGACUGGGCUCUCAUGAUCUUUAUAAUAUGUGAAAAAUUGCCCUCAGUAAUGCCUCACGGCCUGCUGCCCAUCAUGAUUUUUGUUCUGUAGUUUGGGGAUCGGGAGGCGAUCAUGUGAGAUACAUAGAGGGUGAAACGCAUUGCACGUAUAUGGGCACUGUGCGACCACAGCCUGGCUCUGAAUCCAUCAGUGUUAAUCUUCUCCGUGGCAACUGUGCGGCUGGUGUAGACCGGUGUGGUUCGUGGUGUGUCUUGCCUCUGCAGUGCAGUAAACCCAGUGCUCUAUUCAAUCAGUAUGCUGUCAAGUCGGACUUUAGAUAAUGCACAUCAGGGUGUUGUGGUCUGUUUUGUUUGAAUAUCACUGAUUGUGUAUGUAUUAAAAAAAAAAAAAGAUACAGAAUUAAAAACUACUCACUCAUGUAUAAGAUGAGGGCUCUAACCUAUCACAAAGUAAUGCCACAUUAAAAAACCACAACCCCCUGGUUGUUUAGCUGCUCUGUAAUUGAAAAUAAACAUGCAUAUCCUUUGGUCUGCUGCAGAAGGGCAUCGGUGGGUUUCUGAAUAGUAAAAUCAAAGACUUGUAAAAUGGUCGCACUAUGGUUUUGAUGUAUCAUGGAGCAGUUAAGGCCACCCAAGGACAUUCAGGGACGCAGCUGAAACGAAAAGGAAGAGGAGAGCUUCAUUAUCCGUUUCAGUGAUUAAACUCAGAACAAAACUG